CGACAGUGCGUCUGCGCGCAGCGAUCGGGGUUUGUCACAUCCACGCGUGCGAGCUGUCGGGAAUCUCAAGACGCAACACGUACUAGCAGUCUGCACUGGUGUUGACCGACAACGAAGCUGCAACUCUGAAAGGGAUGCCGAAGAACCGUCGAAGCGGAUCCGAAGAUACAACGGCGGAUUGGGAGUCUUCCCAACUGUGUUAUGAAAAUUUUCCACACUACGAAGGAAUAAAAAAAGAGGUGAAAGAAGAACUUACCAACGUGACUGCAAAUAGGGACUUUGCAAGGCUUUUAACACUUCUUAUUCCUUCAACAACGAGUAUAUGGCUCCUGCUCUACAGCGCCAGUGAAGACUUCCUUACACUAGGUCAGUUCAACUCGGACGCACCUGAAACUGUGUACGCCGAAGCAGAGGUGCCAGAGUGGUCUUCAUGGAACUUUUCCAGCGAAAUUCUCCUGGGCAGCGGGAAGCACGACGAGUUCGCAACCAUUGUUAAAGAACUGUGGAGCUCGUCGACUUUCGCAGAGUCGCUGGUUACAAUCAUUGGCAGCUGUCCACAGUCGCCGUCGCCGCCCUCUCCCAGAGGACUGCUCACUCCUGGUGGUACUGAAGACACAGCUGAGCCCAGGGGUGGAUCGGCCGGUGUCAUUGGUGAACUUCCAGACAAGAGGCAAGUAACAGGCGAUGCAGAGGGAGUAAGAACAGUCAGUGAUGAACCGCAGGGCACCCAGACUGUUUCCUACGCCGACGUGGCGGCUGGGCGCCAGGCUGCCACGCUUCCGCCGGAUGUCCCGGCGACCGAAGAGGCCUCUUCCCCCAGGAGGGGUCUGGUGCUGGCCGACUUCAUGACUCCCACGUACAAGAAACGAGGCCGACCCCGCAAGCGGUCCACGAAGCAGAAGGCUAACACUGUGGGCACACCGGCACCACCUGUUGAUGAUCAGCCGUCGACUCGUUCGUGCACACAGUCUCCAGGCCAAGCAGCAGGUGAUGGAACAACACCGCAGGAAGCCAGUGGAGGUGACAUUCCGGCUGAACCGGAGGUGACUUCACAAAGCAGGCCCCCAUCCCCUCCACCGACGCAACACGACACCUACAAUGUGUUCCGCAGUCCCACGGAUUUCCAGUACAGUCGCGACGAGACCGGUAGCAGCCGCAGAAGAAGCAGCAGCGCCUCGGCCUUCGCGGGCAAGGUGCGGCAGCUGGAGGAGGCAGGCCGGUGGUUCGCGGAGCGGCUCGCCGUGGGGGAACUCCAGCCGGACCCCGCCGCCAUCUUCUACGACCUGCUGGAGCAGCAGCAGCAGGAGGAUAACGAGGAAAGUAAUCAGCCGCGAUCUAAGAUCUUGAGAUACCAGUAGAUGUACUGCAUCGAUGGCAGGAAGCAGCGUUCAGUAUAGUGGUCACUGACGAUGCUAGUGGAAUCAUUCGCAGUGUCGAUAAUGGGUGAUGGCAAAAGUUUGACCAUGGAGCUGCAGUUGUGCACAUUCAAAAACCAUUGUUACUAAAUUAAAUCUUACGAAUGAAAAGUGAAUAUAUAUGUCUUUCAAAUUUUGCAAAUGUGGUAUUUUGUUUAAAUGUACACUGAUGGAAAUAUUAACGGAUCAUGUAUAAUGUUCAUGCCUUCUGAAAAUAUUGUAAUA